GCCUCGGCUACUCGGCCCAAUAUCCCCGCCGGCCCACCAAUCUGGCCAACAACUCAGUCCCUAACGCCGCCGCCAAUCUCGCCGCCUCCGCCCUGAGCCCCGGCAGCUUUGUUUUGGCCUCUCCGUCGCCGGCGGCCAUCCUCGCUUCUUGGCAGCUCGCGCGACGCGCCGGACCAGCCGACUCGUCCUCCCUCCAGGUUCCACGCCUUGAGGUUAUUUUCUGCCAAUGCCAGCAUCAACUAUGUGCUCAUUGCCACAAACUGUCGUUGCCUCUGCUGCAACCGCGCAAUUCACAGAAAGAUGCAAUGACUUGCCUAUGCCAUGUUCACAAAUUCUGAGGGCUAAAGUCAAUUCCCUAUCAUUUUCAAGGAAGGUGCCCACUAAACCAACAUUGCAUAAUUUAAGAUGCCAUGCGACUCAAACCCAAAGCACACAACGGAAAUCUGCGACUGCAACCAUCCAACGCUCUGAUCCCAAAGGGAAACUUAAAGGUCCUAAACUUGAUGAUGGAAGUGGAGGCUUCCCACCAUUCCGCUUUGGUAAAGGCGGUGGAGGUGGCGGAGGUGGCGGUGGGGGCAGUAACUACUUCGGCGGGUUCCUCCUGUUCACCUGCGUUUUGCUUAUGGAUUACUUGAAGGAAUUCGAGAAGAACUUGCUUUUGCAAAGGCAUCGUAUAGGAGAUGAAGCAACCCUUGGCCUUGCACAAUAAUUUUCGUCAUCAUUAGUUGCUGGUGUUUGAUGUAAAUUACUUGAUCAAUUGCUGAUGGUUGCCAUCAAGCAUGUUCGUGAUUCACCAUGUGUUGUUACAUCAGAGAUCAGACUAGCUUCCAUUAACUCUACAAGAAAUUGCCGUUAUCUGCACCAGAAAUUACAUAUUCAGGCUAUUAUUUAUUGGCUGAUAAUAACACUCAAUUUCCCUCUUCCUUGGAUAUAUUUUAUUGGCUGAGAUAUUUAUAUCACAAAAAUAUCACCAAGAUGGUGAUAUGUAUCAA